AUGGACAAGCUGAACGAAGCAUCCGCGGACAGUGUCAUGGCGAAACCUGCCAGUGACCAAGUCCGCAACGACGGCACCGGCGUCGUUGCCCUCGACCCGUGGCUCGAGCCAUACUCAGGCGCCCUCCGAUCACGGUUUACGAAAGCACAGAACUGGAUCAAGACGAUCGAAAAGACAGAAGGAGGCCUAGAGCAGUUCUCGCGAGGAUAUGAGAAGUUUGGCUUCAACAUCACACAAGACGGCACAAUCAACUACCGCGAGUGGGCGCCUUUCGCGUUACGAGCCUACCUCAUUGGUGACUUCAACGGCUGGAACCGAGAUAGCCAUGAGAUGAAGCGCGAUCCCUUUGGCGUGUGGGAGAUCAGCCUGCCACCUCACAACGGACAACCCGCGAUACCUCACGACAGCAAGAUCAAGAUCAGCUUUGUGGUGCCCAACGACCAGGCAAGACAAGAGAGGAUACCUGCAUGGAUCAAGAGGGUAACACAAGAUCUGUCCGUCUCGCCAGUCUACGACGCGCGGUUCUGGAAUCCACCUACCAAAUACCAGUUCAAGAACCAACGACCUCCAAAGCCACAAAGUGCACGAAUUUACGAAGCACACGUCGGUAUCUCCAGCCCAGACCCAAAGGUUGCAACGUACAAGGAGUUCACCCAAAACACCCUGCCACGUAUUCGUGACCUUGGCUACAACACCAUCCAGCUCAUGGCUAUCAUGGAGCACGCCUACUACGCCUCUUUCGGCUACCAAAUCAACUCCUUCUUCGCCGCAUCCUCGCGCUACGGUUUCCCAGACGAGUUGAAAGAGUUGAUUGACACUGCACAUGGCUACGGCAUCACUGUACUGCUUGAUGUGGUGCACUCUCACGCCAGCAAGAAUGUCCUCGAUGGACUGAAUAUGUUCGAUAACAGCGAUCAUCUCUAUUUCCACGAAGGUGCACGAGGUCGGCAUGAGCUUUGGGAUUCGCGGCUCUUCAACUACGGGCAUCACGAAGUCCUGCGCUUCUUGCUUUCGAACUUGCGCUUCUGGAUGGAGGAGUACCAGUUCGACGGCUUCCGAUUCGAUGGUGUCACCAGCAUGCUGUACACCCACCACGGCAUUGGUACGGGCUUCAGCGGAGGCUACCACGAGUACUUCGGUCCUAACGUAGACGAAGAUGGAGUGGUCUACCUCAUGCUUGCCAACGAGAUGCUGCACAACCUCUUCCCUAAUGCUAUCACCAUUGCGGAAGACGUCAGUGGCAUGCCGGCACUGUGCAUCAAGUUGAGUCUGGGUGGAAUAGGAUUCGACUACAGACUUGCCAUGGCAGUACCAGAUCUCUACAUCAAGUGGCUGAAGGAGAAGCAAGACAUCGACUGGGACAUGGGCCAACUAUGCUUUACCCUCACCAACCGCAGACACGGCGAGAAGACGAUCGCAUAUGCCGAGAGUCACGACCAAGCACUCGUUGGCGACAAGACUCUCCUCUUCUGGCUGUGUGAUGCACAGAUGUACACCAACAUGUCGGUGCUGUCGGAGUUUACCCCAGUCAUCGAGCGCGGCAUGGCUUUGCACAAGAUGAUUCGCCUGAUUACACACGCUCUCGGAGGCGAAGCAUAUCUCAACUUCGAAGGCAACGAGUUCGGUCAUCCUGAGUGGCUCGACUUUCCUCGCGAGGGCAACGGAAACAGCUUUCACUACGCGCGGAGACAGUUCAACCUUCCAGACGAUGAACUACUGCGGUACCGAUUCCUCAACGACUUCGACAAGGCCAUGCAAUGGACCGAAGAGAAGUAUGGCUGGCUGCACUCACCACAAGCAUACGUCAGCUUGAAGAACGAGAGCGACAAGGUGGUCGUGUUUGAGCGUGCUGGCCUGCUUUUCAUCUUCAACUUCCACCCAUCAAGCUCCUUCACAGACUACCGCGUCGGUGUCGAGCAAGCAGGCACAUACAAGAUCGUGCUCAACACCGACGAGCCAAAGUACGGCGGCCUGAACCGCGUGCAGAACGAUUCCCGCUUCUUCACCACAGACUUUGAAUGGAACGGCAGAAAGAACUUCUUGCAGGUGUACAUCCCAACGAGAUCAGCCAUUGUCCUCGCCCUAGAAGAAACUCUCGACUCCAACUGGAAGUCCAACGUAUCACUCGGCUACUAG